GCGCUGCAUUGUGGGGAUUAGUAGCGGAAGUCCGCCGGUGGUCGGCGUUGUUUGGAUGAGGUAGGGAAGCGCCGUGUUUUGGUGUUUCGGUUUUAACUCCGGGGGGAUUUAAAACGUGACGGUUUCGCUCGGACGGAUGCGGGGCGAGGAGUCGUCGGAUUCGGAGUCGGGGAGGAUGGAGGAGAGCUCGGUGCGGAAGAGCCUGGAGACGCUGUGUCAAGAGCUGAACAUGGACGAGCAGACUGCCGCUGAAGCCAUGGACAACUUCACCGGCAUCUGGAACACCUACACUCUGGAGGGGGAGGUGGUGCACUGGCUGGCCUGUUCGCUGUACGCAGCCUGCAGGAAGGGCUCCACUCCCACAGUGGGUAAAGGACUGAUGGAGGGAAACUGCGUCUCCCUCACUAGGAUCCUUCGCUCGUCCAAACUCAGUCUGAUCCAGUUCUUCUCUAAGAUGAGGAAGUGGGCCGACAUGUCCAACCUCUCGCAGGACUUCAGGCUACGAAUGGAUCGACUGGAGCGAAACUUUGAGGUCUCCACCGUGAUCUUCCGCAAGUUCGAGCCUAUCUUCAUGGACAUGUUUCAGAAUCCACAGGGAGGAGAGCCGCCACGACAGCCACGCAGCAGGAAACACAGGCGGCUGCCCUGUCACAUCAGCGAUGUCUUCAAGUUCUGCUGGACUCUGUUUGUCUACACCAAAGGAAACUUCCGUAUGAUCGGUGACGACCUGGUGAACUCCUACCACCUGCUGCUCUGCUGUCUGGACCUGGUGUUUGGAAACGCUCUGCUGUGUGCCAACAGGAAGGACCUCAUCAACCCGACGUUCAGAGGUCUGCCUGCUCUGUACCGCCCUGACGGCCACGUUUCCUCUGAUGAACCUCCUCCAUGUGUGCUGGAGAGGCUGUGUGAGCUGCAUGACGGGCUGGUGGUGGAGGCUAAGGGCAUCAAGCAGCACUACUUCAAACCCUACAUACAGAAACUCUUCCAGAAACAGAUUCUGAAAGGAAACGAGGAGCUUUUGACAGAAAUGUUGGAUCCUCAGAACUUCAUUGACAACAAUAAAGCCAUGAACAGGGAGUAUGAGGAGUACGUGUUGACGGUGGGAGACUUCGAUGAGAGAGUGUUUCUGGGAGCUGAUGCUGACGAGGAAAUCGGAACGCCGAGGAAGAUCAUUCAGGAAACAACCGUUACCCAAACAGCGGCUCAGAACCAGCUGCAGCAGCACGUGGAAAAGUCCGGCUCUCUGGCCCCCUCCACUCCUCUGACGGGACGAGUCUACCUGAAGGAGAAGGACCUGCUCGUCACGCCCGUUUCCUCGGCAACGCAAAGUGUGGGCCGGCUGCAGAGCAUGGUGACCGGUCUGAGGACGGCACCCAGCGACCACCUGAUGCAGAUCUUCAAGUCCUGCUCCAGAGAUCCCACAGAGUCCAUACUGGCUCGAGUCAAGACUCUGGGACAAACCUUCAAAGAACAUUACACCAACGACUCAGAUGAAACACCUGGCUCUCAUAUAGACUUUGCAGAGAACCGUCUGAAGCUGGCGGAGAUACUGUACUACAAGAUCCUGGAGAACGUCAUGGUUCAGGAGACCAAACGGCUGCAGGGCAGAGACAUGAGUGUUUUACUGGAGCAGGACAUCUUCCACUGCUCCCUGAUGGCCUGCUGUCUGGAGGUGGUGCUGUUUUCCUACAGCUCCCAGAGGACCUUCCCAUGGAUCAUCAGCGUCUUCAAACUGGCCCCAUUUUACUUCUUCAAGGUGAUCGAGGUGUUUAUCCGCUCAGAGGAAGGCCUGUCCAGAGACAUGGUGAAGCAUCUGAACUCGAUUGAGGAGCAGGUUCUGGAGAGCAGAGCGUGGACUGCAGACUCUGCCCUGUGGAGUGCCUUGCAGGUUGCUGGGAACAAAGUUCCCACAGUGGAGGAGGUGAAUUUUUCCUCCAGUCUCGACACUGGCUCUGGUUCUGGUUCUUUCAGUUCUGGGUCCACAGUUCAGUCCCAUCUGCCCCUGGUGGCCCUCUCUCCCAUCAUCCACCCUCGUAUCAGGGAGUUCAGAUCAGGCCUGGGCAGCAUACGUAAAGAUGUGCCUCCCUCUCCGCUGUCGGUCCAUGACAGGUACAGCUCUCCUGCGGCCGGCAGCGCAAAGCGGCGUCUCUUCGGUGACGACCCUCCGGCUCCAUCUCCAGGCCUCAACCCCAGCGGGAGCCCCAUGCCGUCUCCAGCCAAGAGGCUGACGUUUGGCUCCAGCAGCACCCUGAAGAUCGGAGCACAGGGGACCCAGACCACCGUCCUGAGCAUCCCACUGCAAGGUGUGAAUAAUGACCGCACCAUCACGCUGAUCCCAGUCCAACCAUGUGACUCCUCUGCUGCCAUCACCGCUCAGUUCCUGCUGACGGCCUCCCCGAGCCGGAUCGCCCCCAUCCCAGCCCCCGCUGCUGCCACGACCUCCGACCCCCAGACAGGAAGUGGACGGCCGCGACGCACCGGAUCACUGGCUCUGUUCUUCAGGAAGGUGUACCACCUGGCCAGCGUACGGCUCAGGGAUUUGUGUGUGAAGUUGGACAUCUCGUCGGAGCUGAGAGGGAAAAUCUGGACGUGUUUCGAGCAUUCUGUGGUCCACUCUACCGAUCUGAUGAAGGACCGACACCUAGACCAGCUGCUGCUGUGCAGCAUUUAUAUCAUAUCCAAAAUCACCAAAGAGACUCACACCUUCCAGGACAUCAUGAAGUGUUACCGGAGCCAACCACAGGCCAGCAGCCACGUGUACCGCAGCGUCUUACUGCGUCACACUCCCAGAGAGCAGGUAGCUGAUGAAAACAUGGAGGUGGAUUCUGUUUCAGGUGGAGAAUCUGCAGAGAAAACCAGUCAGCUCCCAGGAGAUGCAAACUCCAACCAAUCAGUGGAGGAGGAGCGUGGAGACCUCAUCCAGUUCUACAACAGCGUGUUUGUCCUGAAGAUGAAGAGCUUUGCACUGCGAUACGCCAUCCACGAUAACCGGGCCGACGCUCCUCCUCUCUCUCCGUUCCCGUCGGUCCGGGCUCAGCCUCUUUCUCCUCGCAGAGUCUCUCAGAGACACUCGCUCUACGUCUCCCCUCACAAGAACUCAGCGGGGUGCCUCACCCCCAACUCCUACACCUACAGGAUCAACAGCAGCCCAUCCAAGGAACUGUCCGACAUCAACCGGAUGAUCCGGCAGGGCUGUGUGAGCAGGAAGAGGGCCUUCACUAUGGAGGGGGAUGUGAUGAUGUCAUCAGCGUGCGACUCCCCCAGUAAGAGGGCGUGUCCAGAGAACAGCAGCAGUCCAGAUGUGCUGCUGAAGCGUCUGCAGGACGUCGUGUCAGAGAGGCAGAGUCACUGAGACCAGACAGAAACCAAAACCUGACAGCGAUGAAAGCUGCUCCUCAGGUCAACAAGCUGCCCUGACAGAAACCUUCAGGAAACGAAACAUUAACAGUCUUUUUUUCACAACUUUGACUUCUCUGUUAUGACCUGAGGGACAUAGAGAUUCAUUCAUGCUGUGUUGUUUUCUACAAAGCAGAUUGUAGUUCCACUUUCACCAUCCCAAAGUUUUGACUUUUGUACCAGUAAUAAUAUCCAGAGUGUGAUAUUUAAACCACAUCAGUUAUCAAAGCUGAGAAUGAAGCAGACAGCAGUGAGACGACAAUCUGUGUGUCAUUUGCACCCAUCAGCAUCACAUUAGCAGCUACAUGGAGCAUCCCACAGAUGAUGAUCGAUGUCUUUCACUUCAGCUGUCAGUGGUCAGAAUGCUGUGGGUGAUCUGUGUAUACGUGUACGGUCUGGUUUUUACCUGUCCACGAGGUAUCAUGUUUAACUCCUGUUCAUUGUUUCUUUUCCAUUUUUACUCAGCCUCCUCUCCCAACCAGAAGUAGGAUCAACCAGUGAUUUAAAGCGCAGGUUGUCGAGGUUCAGAUGUCUUCAGAGACCUAACGCAUUGACCACAGUUUGUUCACUUGUAGUUUUAUAAUGAAAAAAAAUCCCUGCAGCCCUAAAAUAUUUUUCAUUGACCUCCAUUAUGAAGAAGACGUCUGUAAAAGUGUGCUGAAAACAGGGUUUGAUUUUAAUUUUUCUACAAUAAGCUUUUAAUCUGUUGAGGCUUCAGAAACCUUUGUGACCUGUCUUUCUCUCACUGUUUAUUGGCAGUACAUCAUUUUGGCUUAUUUAUUUUGUCAGUGUAAAUUGAAUAUCUGUUUGACUUAAUUGGGUAAAGUUCAUCUUGCGCUAACCCUCUGCUGCACUGACCUGCAGACAUUUUUAACAGAGCAUGAUGCAGGAGAAGAUGCUUGAGGUGAUUCAGAAGUCAUGAAAAAAGCUGUUUUUCCUUGUAGUGACACAGGAUAAACAACCUGAACGAGCUUCUUCAAACAGUGUGUGGAUCUGGACUAGUCUGGUAGUGUUCAUAUCAGAUGUUAUUGUAAUGCAACAGUUUGACGACAUGUCUGCAGAUGGUUUUACCACGUGGGUCGGGGGCUGAUGUUGAAGCAUCAGAAGCAUUUUUUCAAAGCUUUCACAGCUUGGUGACAGCAGCAGGCUUGAGAUGAUUCAGUAUUUCUCAAUUCCACCUUUAACAGACUGAAAGAAGCAGCACACUCUGUCCAUUAACAAAGAACAGCAGAUGUUUGUAGUACGUUCUUCAGUGUGACACCAUCCCAGCUUUUUCUAAAACAAAAAACAUCUCGUAUUUCCUUUAAAGUCUGAUGAAGAAGAAAACCUCUUCAGUGAAUCAAUCGGAAGAUUUUUGACUCAGACGACCUUUGAAUGUUUUGUUUUUAUUCAUCUUUGUGUUCACUGCGGUACAGUGAAACUCUGGGUUGCCAUGACAGCGGUGCUCGCGUCUUUUCACAGUCAAACCUCUCAGCCUGUCGGUGCCUUGUUGUAGACAAAUAGCUGACAGUAUUUUAAAAUAAAAAUAUCUGAAUUUCAAGUCCAGCUGGUGAACAGUGAAGCUCUCUGCUGCCAGAUGUGAUUGAGCCUCUAACUUGUAUAUAGUUUUCUCUAACAUGUUGUGUUUCACUACAGUAUCUGCAGAACCUCCACUUUGUUUGGAGGCUGUCUCCUUUUAAUAUUUUCUUUCUUUGGUUUUGAACCAUGUAAUGCUGUAAAAACAGGCUGAAUGCUAACAAAAAGCUGGACUGAUGCAGCGUCUCUGUACCUAAAUGUGUGUGUGUGUGUAGUAUCUACACUUGAUCUUUUUACUGAAUUUAACAUUAUACUGAGUUGUUUUCAUAUGUACAACAGUACUGCUGUUAGAAAUCAAUCUUUGUAAUGUUUAAUAUCUUUUUAUUUUCAUACCUGUUGAAGGGAAAGGUCAGAAAAGAUGAACCACUUAGUUUUUUUCUCAUUGACAGCCUGAAAACAUAAUGAUGGAGUCUGCUUUUCUAAACAGUGACUUUUGCAUUUUCUACUGUCAGUCAGGUUUUGUACAAUAAAACUUACUUCAUUA